GAGUACAAUUACAUUCGUAACUCUAGGUUAUUUAUAGGGGUUGAGGGCCUGUCUUCGUACAGGUGACAAGCACUUGGGAAUUGGGAUUAAAUAGACGGAGAAGAUGAAUCAUGCUUUGAAUGCCAUGGCCUUUCUUCUGCUUGCCCUCCUCCUACUAAACAGCUAAAAGGAAACCCAAAAGGCACUUGUCACUUCUGACUCCACACUGAUAGUUAUACUGCAGAAUAUUCUCAAGAAAAGCUUGCUGGAGAACAGAUUGUUCAGUCUUGUUAAGUUUCCUGCUGAAUGAGGCACCGGGACGCGUUACAUAUCUUUGUUGCCUUGUAAUUGCGCUCGGCACUUAAGCGAAAUCCGAAGAAAAUGAGGAAUAAAACAGACGACCUGAGAACGGCAAACGGGAAAUCCAAAAAUGUUCCCAAGAAGAGGAACUCCUCCUGCCUUAAAACCAUCGCAACCGAUCCCGACAUCAAUCAAACACUUGUAGAUUUAAAGCGUCGGAAAAUCAAAUCAUCAAAAACUACUCCUUCAUCAUCCGGCGCUCCCGACGAUUCUCCGACGUCACGAAAAACAAAAAAGUUCAUCGGCCGAUUCUUUUACGAGACUGGUCUCAACAUCGACGCCGUCAGCUCGCCCGCAUUCCGGAGGAUGAUUUCCCAUUUCUCCGAAAAUACAAACCGCCCAAUCGAAAUCCCGACUCACCGAGAGCUAAAAGGAUGGAUCUUUGACGAUGCCAUGGGAGAAAUCCUCGAAUACCUCGACAGAAAUAGAACCUCAUGGACUGAGACGGGCUGCACGAUUCUUCUCGACGGGUGGACCGACAAAACGGGCCGCGAGCUGGUUAACGUUCUGGUCGAGAGCCCAAAGGGAACGGUCUACUUACGCUCGUCCGAUAUUUCCCACUGCAUAGAUAACACAGACGCCAUGCUGACGUUCCUCGAUAACAUACUAGAGGAAGUGGGCCCCGCAAAUGUCGUCCAGAUCAUGACUUACUCGAUCUCGUCCUUCAUGAAGGAGGUAGGCCGGAAGUUAAUGGAACGGCACCGCUCAAUUUUUUGGACCGUCGACUCGUCCUGUUGCAUCAAGCUCAUGCUAGAGAAAAUGAAGUCGAUGAGCCCCGUUAAGGAGACGCUCGACCGCAUGAGAAUCGUCGUGAAUUUCAUCAACGGCAAUCCGAACGCACGAAAACUACUCGGAAAAUUUAUCGAGCAAUCGAGCCCGAGUUGGAUGGAGCCCUUCACCACUCUCGAGAAUCUCUGCUCGAAAGUGGAAAAAGUGAAGAGCAUUUUUCUCUCUCCUGAUUCGGAUUUUUCCUCGACAGAAAGCGGGAAAAGGGUGGCCAGCUUGAUCGGAGACCGAUCCUUCUGGAGUGGGGUGAAGACCACACUUCGGGCGGCUAUGCCGCUUGUGAAGGUUGUGGAGUGGAUGGAUAAGAACAGAAAAGAUCAGAUUGGGUAUAUAUACGAGACGAUUGACCAAGUCAAAGAGAGUAUCAGAAAGGAGUUGGGUGAGAAGAGAUGUGAGUACAAGCGGUUUUGGAAAGUGAUUGACGAAGUGUGGUCGGGUUUUCUGUACAGCCCUCUUCAUGCAGGGGGUUACUUCUUUAACCCGAACCUUUUCUACUCGGAAGAUGUUUGUGUUGACCCAGAAGUUGCCACGGGAUUGGUCUGUUGUGUUGUUCGAGCUGAAGAGAAUGUACGGAUCAAGGACCGGAUUCUUAUUCAGAUUGAGAAGUAUAGAUUUGGUGCUGGUGGGUUCCAGUUGGGGUGUGCUGAUGGUGGAUUUGAUGUGUCUCCAGUGGAGUGGUGGUCCGACUAUGGCUCAGAUUGCCCUGAACUACAGAGGUUGGCCAUCCGAAUCCUAGGCCAAACCUGCCAAGGGGCAUCAAAAUUUCAGCUCGAGAGAAGCUUAGCCGAGAGACUCUUCACAAAGGGCUCGAGCAAAGAAGAAAGGAAAAAGAUGACUGAUAUGGUGUUCCUUCGUUAUAACAUGCAUCUGAAGAAUUUUGCCUCUGGUGGUAUGACUGGUGACGAUGAUGAUGACAUCAGCACCGCGUCUGAUGACAUCAACGAGAUAGAUGAUCGAUUAGGAGAUAGGGCGGGAGACAACAUGUCGGAAAAUGAUGACAUGGCGCGAGUGGCUUUGGAUGACGGGAGCACAACUGAACGAGCCGGGAAAAGCUCAGACGUGUCUUGUGUUGUGCCGAAAAAGGAGAUCGAGUGAAGUUAACUAAUUAUUAUAUAUAUUUAUUUUAUAACUAGUUUUGAAAGUAUGUAAUGGAUGUUCAAGAGAUGUGGUUUGCUUGCAUGAGAUGGUUAUGUAUUUAUUUUGUUAAGUUCUGGAGCAAGUGAACUUUAUGUAAAGCUAAGAACUUGGGAUAUUGCUAGUCUUGUUAUGUAUAUUCCAAGGUGCAUAUAGAAUGUGUGUGAAGCUUGUAAAACUUCCAUUUUGAGAUUUCAUUUGAAGUUUCUAGCUGUUUUAUAAGUAAUAUUCAUUUACAUAGGUCUGAAUCUACUUUCCCCUGCUCGGCACAUUAGAGUUUA